GUGGAAGAGACGAAUUGUCUAGUGGAGGCCCAUGUGGUAAACUUUAAUUAACCUCAUGCACAUGGCCAUCUUCUUGUUUCACACAACCCAACCCUGCCUUGCAUGUUGUCAUCCUAUGGAACCAUGGAUGGACCACGCCUUAAAUAUUUCUGUCAAGCAGCACUUAACAACUCUCUGACCAUGAUGCCAAGCCAACAGUUACCUCUUAAUAACUUAACCUACAGCUUCACAAAAGGACAUGGGGUGUGCACUGCAGCACUGGUAACAGUUCACCAGAAAGUUUCAGUUUUCUAAGCAUUAAUUAACUGUUGCAGUUACCUUUACGUCCAUCAGUUUCAGAUUAAAUAUUUGCGGCAUACGCGUCCUAGAUGGUUUGUUAUUGUAAAGGAAGCAGCAGCAAUUCCUUGUUCCAUGCUGUGCCUCAUCAUGGCUUCUUUCUUCUUUAGCAUCGCUGCAUCAUUUGGGCCACUAAAGCCCUUCUUGCCCUUGUGAUUGUGAGCAAGUUCUUGAUGCUUCCCAGAUCCCAAAUGGCCAUACAACUCACACUUCUACUCAUUUCGUGUAGCCUUUACAGUAUGUAUUCCUCUUCUUCUUUCUCCACGUCCUCCUCUCUUGCGUUGCUGGUGCUGGUUAUCUCCACCUGCCUCUCCUUGCUCUUCUCGAACCUCAGACAACUGAUGAAAACCAGCAGCCACAAAACUUCCAUGGAGGUUGUUGCUCAUCAGGAGAAGAGCACUGUGCCACAAGAUGGGGUGUCCGAGGAUUCGCCGGUGGAUUCGGCUGGAAGCCUGUCGGGGUCUUCAGAUUGCCAGGUGAGCGAAGAGGGGACUGAUGAAGUCUCGGUGUCUGAUGAUGACGACGACGAGAGUCUUAUUGAGAUCUCCCUUGUUGAUGGGUACUAUGUGGGGCAAGAGGAGCAAUGUCUCUGGAAGAAGGAGCAAGACCUCCUCGCCGGCUUCCUGCCGGAGUUCGUUCUUGACAGGAGGGACUUCAUAGACAUCUUGUCGGAGAUCAGUGAGGAGGAAAACAUGAUCGAGAUUGACAUUGCAAGGGGCUCCAUCAAGUGCGCAAACUUCGGCGUCAAAGCAUGAGCUUUGCAGAGGUUUGGUGAAGUUAAAAUCAUUCUAUGAAUUGCUCCUGGGCUUUCGUCAGGGCAAGGGAGUAGUAGUAGGUUGUACUGGACUACAUGUGGUUUAUUGCCUUGCCUUUUUUUUCACAAAGAGCUCAGUUUCAUUAGUGAUUCUUCAGUGGAAGCCUUUGCUGCAUCUCUUUCCUUGUACUUUCUGAAUGUUGCUAUAGAAGAAAUAAAGCGCGUGCACAUAUUUUGCUCGAAUAUAUUUAAGGAAA